AUGACACUGCCUCAAGGCACCAUCGAGGCGGCCUCGGGCCCUCAUGCCCCGAGCCCGCCGCCCCAGGUGCACUCCCCCCUGAAGCCCGUGCUGGUGUUUGUGUCGUCGCGUCGCCAGACGCGGCUGACUGCGCUGGACCUCAUAACCUACGCGGCCGCGGACGAGCGGCCUGAGCAGUGGCUGCACAUGGAGCCACAGGAGCUGCAGGCGGCCCUGUCCGAGGUGAAGGACCCCCAGCUGCGCCACACGCUGCAGUUUGGCAUAGGCCUGCACCACGCCGGGCUGGGGGAGGCCGACAGGGGCCUGGUGGAGCGGCUGUUCACGGCCAUGAAGAUACAGAUCCUGGUGGCUACGUCCACCCUGGCGUGGGGCGUCAACACCCCGGCCCACCUCGUCAUCAUCAAGGGCACUGAGUUCUACGACGCCCCCCUCAAGAGGUACACAGACUUCCCCAUCACGGACGUACUGCAGAUGAUGGGCCGUGCGGGGCGCCCGCAAUACGACCGCCACGGGGUGGCCGUUAUCAUGGUGCGCCCGGUUUGA